AUGAAAUCCUCUUCAGGACUAUGACAUGAUAAGAACUUUGUCCCUUAAAAAACACUAAACAGGCCAUAAAUAACUGAAAUACAUUUGUUCCACUGGUUUUACUGACAUAAAAGAAAAAUAAUUUAUCAAGUAUUCGGUUUGUAAUCUUUUAAUUCGUCAUUCCUGUCUUUUAAAUGGCCUUCUGUGGUCUUUUUAUGUGUUACUGGGUUAUUCCACUCGGAAACUGACUCUUAAAACAGGAACUAUUACUCAUCACAAUGUGUAAGAUUUAUUCUCUGAUUCCAGUCGAAAAUAUGACUUUUUUUCCCCCUCUUACCAUUUGUAUUAUAUUCUUCAUUCUGCACAAUAACUUUAAAAAGAAACGGUCAACAUCGUUUUGGAGAGGAAUUUUGCAAUUCACUUCCUUCGUUUUCACAGUUAUUUUUACUAAUUCUAUCAUGAUUAAUGAAUAUCUCAGUUUGUUCUUCUUAACGAUUUUAUUCCAUACGUGUGUCCAUGGAACGACGAUAUUUAUUGAAGACGAGUGCAUUUGGAGAGAGCAGUCAAAACUCAUUGACUGUGAUAAGAAAUCAUUUCAAAGUUUACAGUUUCGUAGGAGCCACCCGGGGUAUGCGACAUUGUCGAUAAAAGAAACACCUUUGAAACAAUUAGACUUUAAUAUAAGCCAUUUACCUGAUCUAGAAAUCAUUGAUGCACGAAGAACUAAACUCAACUGUCGAAAAAUUAAUUUAAGAAUUUUGGAGAUCGUGGAGCGCAUAAUUGUCGACCAACGGACGUGUUUAAACUCAAUUUGCUGCCGAAAAUUACAAACCUUGUCCAACUACGACCGAAAUACGAAAGGCAAUCACGAAGAGGCGAUGUCUAGCCCUGCUGCGUUGAUCAACCUGAACCAUUCUGAGCAGUUCCAGUCUGAAGAACCUUUAAAUGUCGAUGUUACAUCAGGGAUUCAAAGCAAGAACGACACGAAGUCAGCUUACAACAUCAUAAGACACGAAAUACAAGUGAACGGUGUCGAAAGUAAAUCAAACAGAAACAGCAUUAGUAUUUCUACGGAAAUAAAAAUAAAUUACGACAAAGCCGUCGCUGUUCCUCAUCCAGCAGGAACUGGAACCGGUAUUCUUAUACCUGUAGAAAUGGACCUGACAAUUGUCUACUCAAUUCUGGGAUUAUUGGUGCUAAUAACCCUGGUUUCAGUCAGCUUCAGCCUCUAUGUUCUGUGUAGUCGGAAGAAGCAGAGAAACUGCAGUAUCCGAGACUUUAUGCCAACCAGUAGUUUGGCAUCAAGAUCAAGAUCACAAGGAACUGUGAUAUUAUGACCAAUUUGUAAAUUUCCUAAAGUUUCCAUAGCUUGUUUCAAUUUUAAUAAAAAUAAAUUGUUUUACAUAAA